AUGGAAAACGUUCCUUCGAAAUCCAAAGAUCCUGGUAAAAAACAUAAAGCCAAAGCUUCCAAAGCUGACAAAUCAUCAAGUAAGAAGUCUAAAAAACACGAUAAACCCGUUAGUAGCAAAGAAACCACCAACACUAACAGACAACGUCGCACCAUUGGGCAAACCACUGCUGACGAUGGUCCUGUUUUAAAAAAGAGCAGGCGAGGACUGAAGGUCGGGUCAAGCGCUUUAUCAAAAACCAGGGAUGAGAAAGUGCAGGAGAUUAAGGAUCUGGUUGAGAACAUGGAUGAGGAUUGUAGAAAGAAACUACUCAGUGAUGUUGCGGAGAGAAUGCCUGGUGUUGUUCUGAAUUUAAUUGAACAGCAGUCAUCAGGGCCACCACCAGCAACUCAUCCUCCUGCAUCCACAGCUGAUCCAGGCUGGUGUGUCUGUGGACACUGCCGAGAGAUGCCCACUGAUGCUGAGCGUCUAUGCUGCAGACAGGUCCCUCAAAGAUGCAUUUCAACUCUAGCUAUUAUGCAGCAUCUGGUAUUGGACCAUCAUGUGUUGGAACUUGCAAGAUUGCACCGAAAUGAUAUGCUAGGGCAGAACGACAACCCACCGGUUGAAAAUGACGAGUACAACAGAAGAAUGAGACACUCUGCGUACAGACAAUUUGUGCUUUGGCAACAUGGCCGACUAGGAGCAGGUAACAGAGUUACCAUACCAAGCUGUUGUGUUUGGAAAAUUAGAGAUACUUUUCCGGAUAGAUUUGGACAAUAUACCGGAUUCAUUCCUAACAGGCCCCUAUAA